AUGAUGAACAAUCAUAAGGGGACCUGCGAUUGGUUGCUCAAUGACACUAGAUUCCAAUCUUGGAUUGCCAAAUCUGAAUCCGAUACAUGUCUCUGGCUGACUGGACCGUCUGGGGUGGGAAAGACAUUCCUAAGUUCCGCCGCCAUCGAACAUGUUCAGAACCUGCCUGAUAGACCUGGAGCUGUCUUCGAAUUCGUCCAUUUCGGACACAUCUUUCAAAAGCUCGAAGUUCUCCAACGAUUAGCAUCGGGACUAUUGAAGAGGGUAGACGAUUGCAGAGCUCUGACUGAAGCUGCGAUCAGCUUCAGAAACAGAGCUAGACAAGAUGCAGAGGAGAUGAAGGGUUUGGUAACGGAGCUGCUUCGCGCAGCAGCAGCAGUCGGAAAAAUAUUUCUCUUCAUCGAUGGCAUCAAUGAAGUAGCGAGCGAAUUGAGCUACGAUGUCAAUCGCAAACAAUUGGACAACGAAGAGAAAGAAGCAAAAGACCUGGUCGGAUUUUUACUUCGAUGUGCUCAGUCCGAACCAAAUGUGCGGCUCUGGUUCAGUAGCCAGUCUGACGACAGAACCAGAGGAUGGCUGGAACAAGAUGUCGGUGGCCAUAAUCUCAUGGCGAGCAAAGCGUCGGUUGUUGAGCUAAAUAUCCCGGAGAUACAGGCUCGCACUAGUGUGGCCAAAUUUUUGAAAGCAACAAUCGAGACUCACUUAGGCACCGAGAAGUUUGGUGAGAGUGCGUGGCUCUCUCUAGAGGUCGGUAAACUGCUCUUGAAGACUAGGGCUGCCGACAGCUUCCGAUGGGCGGCGAUGAUGGCAGAAGCUAUCAACACUUGUGCCAGCGUGGAAGAGGUUAAGCAGACCAUUGAAAAAGGUCUACCCAGUGAUCUUUCGGACCUUUACAGCAAAUCGCUCCAGCGGCUACAGAAUCUGGAUAUGAGCGAUCAGACAAAACGCCAAUGCACAGGUUAUUCGCGUCUCAAAAAUCGCUGCGUUCCCUUCGUACGCUACUACUCCAAGGACAGUAAAGACACCAAUGGUGUUUUUCGCUUGGCACACCAGUCAGUGCAUUUGUACCUUCUUAGUGUUUCGAAUCACCCCAAAAGAGGCUCGUCAACAACGACCGGCAACUCGAGCCAACCACCAAUGGUUGAUGCGACAUUCUUAGCAAAUUCUUGCUUGAAUUAUCUCUUCCAGAACCGAUAUGCGCGGACGUUGACUAAAGAGAGCGCUCUCAUAUUUCGAGCCGGUAUUGAAGACGUUCGCAAACACAAGUUCCUCCAGUAUGCCGCGAAGUAUUGGUAUCGGCAUGUAGACGAUCCUGAGCCCGACCUCCGCUUCUCCCAUCUUGUUGAGUGUUUCUUACGAUCUCCUCAAUUCAUCACGGCUAUCCAGAUUCAGAGUCUAUUCGUCCCCGGGCAUUUCAUCCAGGACUUGGAUUGUGACGACCCCAAGAAAAGGAACAUCAAGAAGAAUCUUCCUGCAUCCCUCGUCUCCGGCGCUUAUGUGAAGUUGUGGAACGACUACCACGAAUUCCUGGCAGAACCGUUGUCUAUGGAGCACUUUGAGUACCACUAA